CGUCCGCUCGGUGGCCAGGCGGAUUGAGGGUGGCCGACCAAUGAACGAGACAAACGGAAGUGAUCUGGAGACAUGACGAGGGGAGUACCAUGCGCAAUGUUGGGGUAAGGCGCAUUGGAGGGCUCUGUAGGGCGACACACAGUGCAUUUGAAGGCUCUGUAGGGCGACACACAGCAGGCCCUUCAUGGGGCAGCAGCGCGGGCGCUUCCUGUCGAUUUCGCUCAGGGACUCUGUCUACGGCUACAAAGGUCGGUCAAAAUGGACAGUGCGCAACUCACCACAAAGCCGUACCAUCUCACAAACGGAUCGUGACGGGGCCGGGCAUUCUUCGUUGAGUUCUCGCGGUGCUGAGACCACAGAAUCAUUGCGAUCGAGACGACGGAGCGGGACACAGCCAACGCGAGAAGUGACUGGCGGCGGCGCGGGAGCACAAGUCGGUGGGAUGAUGGUACUGGACCCGGCCGUACCAUCAGCGGGAGGCGAUUCCGAGCGUGUUACACGCUGUUGGCCAGCCAACGCGAGGUCAGGAGCGGCCCAGCGAGGCAAGGCGUCGAGCACGAGAGGUAGAUGCUGCUACAGGAAGUCGGCAGGGGCUCAGAGUCGUACCGUGAGCAGGAAUGAGAGUCGAUGGCACGCCCGCGCUAUUGUAUUGCGUGAAGCGGGAACAAUGUUCCGUACCGUCUAUGAGCCCGCCACUUGCGUAGCCGGCGAUGUUCUGGGACCGCACCCAUCCCCGGACCGCCAUUGGCUGGCAAUUAAGCCGGCUGCACCGUCUCGCGAACGAGACAGUACCCCACGAGUUUCCCAAAGCAGACAGCUCGUGACUCACCACACAAGCUCGUUCGAACCCACCAGUACUCGGCGAUGUUUUGACGUGCCCUCCGUCAACCAGUACGGCUGCGCGCGUACCGUUUCGCUCGCAUGCCCGUGGUUGGCGAUCGAGUCGGCGGUACCAUCUCACGAUCGAGAUCGCCGCGGGGACCGGGCGAUCUUCCUCGCUGUACCAUCCCGGGUUUCGUCGCACUGGUACCACACCUCACGAGCGAGACCGCGGAGUGGGACACAGUCAAGCCAGGGCAGGCGAGAAGUCGACGACGGCAGCGGGAAAGAAGUCGAUGGUACGGGGUACCAGAAGUCGCCGUACCGUGGCCUGGAGGUAAUGCCUUACCAGGUCAGUGAGCUGACCAUGAAACGUGUUCCGUGCUGUUGGCCGGGCGACGUGCGUCGGCAGCAGUCCAAUGGGGCGAGGAGUCAAGCACGGGACUCGGCGUUGAUACAAAAAGUCGGUGGAUUCGGUGGAGGCUCAGUCGUACCAUGAGCAGUAACGAGAAGGAACGGGAAGCGGGAAUGGCACUGAUCGGAACACGACGGUACGAGAGGUGAAUUAGGGAUUAUGCGCGCCGGAAAUGGCAGGCGCUCGGAAUCGGACUGAGACAAACGAAGCUGGGAUGUUUCCUGUUGAAAUGUCCACACACGGACGUGUGGUGAGCACGGCGGGACACGCGAGUAGGCGAUGCAUGAAACAUUUACAGCUGGAGUCUGCUCGCUGGACGGCGACAUCUGGUAUCUU